GGAGAGAGCUCUAGCACUGUACAAAGAAUCGGACGAACAAACGACCUCGCGACCACUCCACCAAUCCAUCCUCCCAUCCAUCGAAAACCGGCUUUGUUUCUUCGUCGCGGUUUUGCUUCACCGUUUCAUGUGCCCUUCAAAUUUGAUACCUUUCGUCUGAAUUAACCACGGUGUAGCUUUCCACUACAUCUCCCCUAAUUGAACCUCCAUUUCCUCACAGCACGGACUACUGUUGCCAGUUAUGACUCUCGACUCGCUAUCUUUCACUGCACCAGCUAGACUGCGAGCAUUAUUAUGUCCCCUCGGCCGGAUACGACGCUCGCGAUUUUCGUCGUUCGCUGGCCGCUUGCAGGCAUCCAAUGUCGUGCGACUGGGGGAUAUCACUCCCGACACGCAGCCCAACCGGACUAUGUUCAAUCCCCAAGGCUUUCCCGACGGCCAGAUAGUGUGGGACCUGACCACCUCGGUUGACCGCGAGCACAACUACCUCGAGGUGUUUGAGCAGUACCGGCGGACGUUCGUGGUGAUUGGGGUUGCGGACUACGAAGAGGGGUGUGAUCCGGAGGUGCUGUCGGCGCAGCUAGAGGAUAUGAAGUCGCUCUAUCCUGAUUCCUUGUACCAUGUUUGCCUGAUAUUCGAUGCGCCCCCAGAGGCGACCGAGCACGAGAAACUGAAGCCGGCUGGCCAUCCACGUUUCUUUACUGUUCCUACAAAGCGAGAGUCCAAGGUUUCAUCGAUGCGGACGUUGAUGUGCGAUAUUACCGCGCCGGUUCUGUCGGAGAUGUGCGGCGUCGCAAGGUCGCUACAAGCACAGCCGAGCCUUGAUUCGCCGCUAGUCGAAAAACCAAGCAACGGAGAAAACGGAGGCCGCCGGAACAGUGUGCCCAGCGGCGGGACACUAGCGCCUAUUCCUGGGGAUUUGGCUGCAAACAAGCGGAAGACGAUGACUGGUUUUGGUGGCGGCGGUGGUAGCCAGAGCGAGAGAUCACGGAGCAAGGGCAAAGGCCGUGUUCAGAUCGCGGUGGCGCAACUAUACCUAAUCGCAGGGCGAGUUCCAGAUGCCAUGAAAGAGUUUCUCGAUGGUGCCGAUGUUUGUAGAGGGAGCAGCGACCACCUAUGGCAUGCUAAGGCCCUGGAAGGGAUUGGCAUCUGCCUGGUUGUUCUUGCGUAUCUUGGUGUUACAUUUCAGAUUCCCGCAAUUCCAUUCCCUUCAAUCGAUGGCAGCAAAUCAAAGACGUCGACACCAUCCAACAAACCAUCCACGCCGGUCCCACAAUCGACAGGUGACUCCCCAUCGGCACACCAAGUGCUGGAUCUCCUCCCUGAGCUGCAUAAGAGCAUCAUCAAAUUAUACCAACGAGCUGCAAACUUCCCUGGAGAAUCGAUACCCAACAUAUCCUUCUGCGAGACGAUCCUCCGACACGCGAAAGCGCUCACAUCACAGUACGUUGCAAAUGGAGUGGCCAAAGACGCCAUCGCUCACAUUGUGUCGAGCAAACCGAUAUCACAUAAAGGUUCCAAGAAGAAUAUUCCCUCCCGUGUUGAAAUCUCGGAAGUUACGAUGCAGGCGUAUCCACAGCCAGUGGAAAUUAUGACGGUGCUGGAGGCGACAAAGGUGUUGAGUGGCAUCGCGAGCAUCCAUGGAGCCAUAGGGAUGAAGCGACGAAAGGCGUUUGUCACGAGGGAACUGCUUAAGAUCCUGAUUCCCGGAUUGAUACAAGCCCGAGUUGUUGGUGCUGCCGAGAUGGGUAUUCAUCCCGCAGCCGGAUUAAGCGCCCUGAGUGGUGGAAGCGGUUCACCCUUGGACCUUGGGGAAGGUGAUGUAGAGAGCGGAAUUAUGGAAAUGCUCGAAGAGCUCUGUCGGGCGUACGGAUGUCUUGCUGGCCUGGGCGACGAGAAGAAGGUGAAAGAGGAGGAACAGCAGCGGGCCGUUUCCACUGGUGUCUUGAUGCCACAAACGUCAGUCUGGACCAAGGCAGUAAUCGCGGAGCAAGAAAUCCGAACAUUUGGUUGGCCUGCGCUCAAGAUCCAAGUAUUAAGGAAUUGCACCGCUCUCUGCGAGGCAUUGCCAGAUUUCCAGGGGGUCUUGAACUUUACGACACUACUACUGAAGACGGCUGAUAUGGAACUUACGAAAGAGGAUCAGGUCAGACUUUCAACUACCGUGGUGAGGACAGUGGGGGCGGCUCGCAAGUUGGGAAUACCAAGCGUCGAAGCGGACUAUUGGGACCAGUUUCUGUUGCGGGAUAUCGAACUGGUUGAGAACCCCACUUGGAGACCACCGAUACCGCGGAGUAAGACCGAACUGGUGGAUCCCGAGUCUCUACUUUCGCCAACGACAAUAGAUGAUAAAACGCCCUUCUUGUACAAUCCUUUCAAAAUUUCGGAAAGCUCGACAACAGAGCAGAUACUGGUAAAGGGCGAGCCGGCAGAGAUGAGAGUAACAUUGCAGAACCCUUUCGAGUUUGAGGUGGAAGUUGAAUGGGUCAAACUCGAUACUUCCGGUGUGGAGCUAUCGGCGCAACCAGUUAGUGUGGUCAUCGCGCCGUUCAGGACCUACCAGGUGUCGGUGUUUGCGACACCCAAUGACACCGGAGAGGUGAAGAUACUGGGAUGCACGAUAAAGGUUUAUGGAUGCAGGGAGCGAUUCUUUCCUAUUCUCACCGGAGGUCUCGAUUCCCGCGAACGCGACAUCAAGACCAAAAGAUUCGGGCUCAAGGCGGCGGAACCUAAGGUGGAGCGUCCACUCUCAACCAUUUCUGCUUCAGGACGCGGAUCGUUACGUCCUCCACCGGUUCUGCACCCGAUUCCAAAGUCGCUGCAGCUUACUGUGGUCGAUUCGCAGCCGCUACUGGUGGUCCGGAAUACCAGCUUGAGCCAGAGCGCACUUAUGGUGCUCGAGGGCGAGCGAAGGAUCUUCCAAAUUACUCUCAGGAAUCUGAGUAACGUCAACGUGGAUCACUUGUACUUUGAUUUUACCGACUCGACCACGGCGCGCAUCCGGCAGGCGCUCGCCGAGAAGACGAAUUCACCCGCUGAGACGUACGAGCUUGAAUUAAUGCUCAAGAAGAAGCGUGCGUUUGUUUGGCACCGCCAGAACCGUGCGAUUGCUGCCUCGGAAAACACCAGCGGCGAGAAGAAGAUCAGACCGCAGAUCUCGACCCGAGACUUGACCAAGAAGAAGGUCUACAUUCCCGCUGCCGGUGAUGCCACCUUUGAGAUCGAAGUCCUGGGCAAGCCCGGACUCACAUACGGUACUAUCAUGGCCGACUACUCGCAUCUCGGGAUCCCACCGACCGAGCUCGGGAACCGCUAUUUCACACGCCAGGUGGUGUACCCAGUAACGGUCACAGUCAACGCCUCAAUCGAACUUGCACGUGUCGACUUUAUCCCGUUCUCAACGGACUUCUCGAUCGAGCCCGACAGCGCCACCUUCGGACCGUUCACGCAACUGUUUUCCCGAGCUUCCACCACUGCCCAGCCUGGAGAGUACUGUCUGAUGCUGCUGGACCUCCGCAACGCUUGGCCGCAGCCAUUGAAACUCAAGCUGGUUCUCAAAGACUCUGUAGAUUCGGACGAGGAGCCAUUCGUGGCCGAGGACGUGCUGCAAGCCGGCCACACAUCACGACUCAUUCUCCCGGUGAAACGCAUCUUCCUCCCGCGGCCUUACGCCCCGAUCCCCAGCAUAUCCGCCACGCAGCGCCAGUUCGUUGUCUCGACCACGCGCAUCAGCAUAGAACAAGAGCGCCAAGGCCGCGAAGCCUUUUGGUACCGCGAGGAGCUGCUGAAGCGUCUCACCGGCACCUGGGAAGAAGUCGGGACGCCGCGGCGCGGGGACGUCGAACUCCGCGGAAUCCGCCUGUCGCCACGAAUGGUCGAGACGGUGCGCGUCGAGGAGAUCGGCGUGGCCAUCACCGUCGAGGGCGACGAGAAGACGGUCAACCGCAUCUCGCCCGCCCGCUCCGUCGUCGUGACGGACGCAUUCCUCACGCUCGCCACGACCGUUACAAACCGCACCAACCGCCCCGUCAGGCUGAUCCUCCGUCUGCUCCCUGGCCUCCGGAAUAUUCCCGCGCCCCAGAGCUUCGAUCUCGGCAGACGCAUGGCUAUAAACGGGCUGCUCCAGCACGCCCUCCCUGUCCUCGCCCCCGGCGAGAGCAGUGUCGUCCGCACAGGGUUUACGGUCCUUGCGAAGGGGGAGUAUGAGAUUUCCGCUAGCGUCGAGGAUGUGCUCGGCCUGGGUGGGAAGGUCGUGGCGCCGGAUGCUGGCGUCGUCGAGGGACUAGAUAAGGAGGGGAGACCGUUAGAUGUACUUGCCGAUGCGGUGGGGGGUGCCGGAAGAAGGUGUUGGGUUUGUAGAGAGGUUUGCGGGAUCGUUGCGAGGGAUGUGCUGUAGAUGUGAUGGUGUGGUGGUUAGAGUGUAGAUGUGCUGGUGGUGGUGGUGUAGAUGUGAUGGUGACGGUGGUGCUGGUGGUUAGAGUGUACAUAGUUAUGGCCAUAAAAGAGAGUGGAGAUGGGAUGAGAAGGACUGGCGAGGAUGCCGGAAUAAUUUCCAAUGCGAAAUGACAGACUGAC